AGUGAGCCCUAAGCAAAAAGCUCUCCAGUUUUCAGAUUCAUCAUCAGCUGAUGAGGGAAACGGGUCUCUGAGGUGCUUUCAUUUUCCUUCUUCUUCGUGCUCCACCUGGGAUCUCCAGCCAGUCGUCUUCCCAUUCCAUUCUCCAUCACCCUCAUCCUUCUUGUCUCCCUUUCUAGUUUCGCCGUCGUCGGAGGUUUUGCUCGAUCCCUUAACCCUCUUUUAGACGAUGAAGCCGACGAGUCUCCUUCGCCCUGCUUCUUCCAUCUUCCUCCUUCUUCAUGCGCCCACUGCGAUCUCCAGCCAUCCAUCAUCCCCUUCCAUCCUCCCUCUCUCCUCUCGCCAUCGUCGUCGUCGUCGGUUUUCCUCGACCCCUCCUAACCUUAAUUUAGAUGACCCAAGCGAGGUCUUGAGUCACGUGAGGAAAAUUUGCAGGAAUGGUGGUGUGUUUUCGAGCGUCGGCGAUGCCCAGCGUUGCUUCGGUGCAUUGAUGAAGACGGACCCUUUGCCUUCCCCCCGGGAUUUCAGUCUUCUGUUGGGUGCUGUAGUGAGGAUGAAGCACUACUCGAUUGCCAUCCGCUUGAUUGAGCAGCUGCGUUCGUUAGGAGUUGAAGAUCAUAUUUGGCUGACGAUUUCCAUGAAUUGCUUCUGUCGGUUAAAGCGGGUCGAUUUGGGUUUGUCUAUCCUGGGCAGAAUCUUGAAGCUUGGGUUUCCCAUCACUGUGGUGGCUUCGAGUACCUUAAUUGAUGGUCUCUUUAUUCAGGGAAAAACUGAUCAAGCGUUGAGGUUCCUCGAUGAUAUGGGACGAAAUGGCCCCGAGCCUAAUGAGACCACGUAUGCAAUAAUCGCAAAGGGGUUAUGCAGGGCUGGUAACACCAGAUUGGCGAUUGAAUUGCUGAGGGACUGGGAACAGAGAAGCUGCAGGCUCGAUUCCUUCACAUAUGGCGUAAUAAUAGAUAGUCUUUGCAAGAAGGGAUUCAUCACCGAGGCCUUGAGACUCCACAAAGAUAUGAGUAGGAAAGGCGUCAAACCAAAUGUUGUUACUUAUACCUCCUUGAUCCACAGUAUGUGCGAUGUAGGCCAGAUGGAAGAUGCUCUCGUAUUGUUGAAACAGAUGAUGAGCGGGGGCAUCCAACCCAACAUAUUCACUUAUAGCUCCUUGGUUCAUUGCUUAUGCAACCGAGGCCAAUGGAAAGAUGCUAUGGUCUUGUUGGAGAAGAUGAUGAAGGCAGGAAUCGAACCGGAUGUCGUUACUUAUACCUCUGUCAUUCAAGGAGUUUGCAAUUCCGGCCAUUUGGAAGAGGCUCGAAGACUGCUGAGUCAUAUGGUGCAAAGCAGAGUCAUGCCCAAUGUUCUAACCUUCACUAUCCUGGUGGAUGCACAUUGUAAAGAGGGAUUCCUUGUAGAGGCAGAGGCCAUAGUCAACCAGAUGAUUCAAUUAGGUAAAAUGCCUAAUAGUGUCACUUAUAAUGCAUUGUUGAAUGGUUAUUGUUUGCAAAAUAGGAUGAAAGAUGCAAUGGAAGUGCUUAAUUUGAUGGUUGAAAGAGGCUGCUCACCUACUGUUGUUACUUAUAGCACAUUGAUUAACGGAUACUGCAAAGCGAAAAGAAUGGACAAGUCAAAGAUGCUUUUCCUAGAAAUGCUUCAAAGGGGCCUGAUUCCUGAUGUCAUCACAUACAACACUCUCGUAAAUGGAUUUUGCCUGGUUGGGAACCUUGAAGCCGCAGAGGAGUUAAUUAACGAGAUGCAGUCUCGGGAUCUAUCUCCAAAUCAUUAUACCUUAAAUGCUUUACUCGAUGGCUUGUGUAAAACGCAGCAGAUUGACAAGGCCGUGAUGUUGCUGCAAAAGAUGGAAGAUUCCAAAUUUGUCCCAGAUAUCGUGACUUACAAUAUUCUAAUAAAUGGCAUGUGUAAUACUGGAAAGCUCAAUGAUGCAAUAGGGCUGUUUGAUUGUUUGCAUGCUCGAGGCUUGCAACCUGACGUGUGGACGUAUACUAUUGUCAUGCAUGGAUUGUGCAAAGGAGAAUGCACGGAGGAAGCAUAUCAGCUGCUAAAGGAGAUGCAAGGAAAUGGAUGCCUUCCAAAUGGUGUCACUUAUAACACAAUCAUCCAAGGACUACUAAGAGAUAACAAAAAUAUGAGAGCAGCGCAAUUUGUUGGUGAAAUGGUUGAAAGGGGUUUUUCUGCAGACUUAGCAACAAUGGAGUUGUGGAUUAAAUAUCUCUUGACAAAUGGAGCUCCUUCAUUUUCUAGUUGAACUCUCCAUUGUGUGUGAGAUCUGUCCACUUUUUCAUCUGAAAUUUGAUGGAGAGUAAACCAGAUUAAUGGCAGGUUUUUUUCCAGACAUCACCUCCUUGAGUCCCAUGUCCUAUUAAAGAAGUUGUUUUAAGUCUGGGAGAUUUUUCCUCUUGCUUCAUUAUCAGGCUUUUAGAGGGGUGGAAGGUUGAUUUUGCUUUUCGUACACCUAGGUUUUGCAAGAAAUCUGUGUAUUUAACUGGUACAUGUGCUUGUCGGUUAGUGCUUCUGGUGCCUACUAUUUAUCAAACAGGUCAAAUUCAUAUGAAUGAUCAAGUGGUGUGAGGAUGUUCUCAAAUUAAAUCAAUGUUAAUAGCAAUAACUUUACUGUGUACCAUAUGCAAUUCAGACAUUAUAGACAAGUAUCAUGGAUCUCUUCCUCAAAGGGACUAAAGAAAACUUUUUUUUUUCAGGGUGUAAUGUAUGUGCUUUGAGAGAGAGAUACUGGUUUUCUUUUAUUUUCUGAUCCUAACACCUUUUAUCCCUUCAAUGUCUUAUUUACCAUAGUUCUUCAAAGAAGAUGUGCGAGUGGAAGUGGAUGGUAUAUGAUCAUGGUGAUGGGCACUUUGAAUCAAUAGCAGUGAAUACUUGUGGCGGGCUGGGUACUCAGAUUGUCAACAUUUUUGGGUUAUUUGCUCUGCUUCUCACAGCAAAGUUUGAUGGACAGCUUGCUGACUAAGGAACAUGGCUGCAACUGUAUGGAAACAACUUUCAGUAUCUUUUCCUUUGCACUGCAAGGGAUUUUCCAAAAGGCAUCUGUUGAUGCGUGAACAUGAAUGCCGCUGACAGACAUUGCCAAUGCCAAACCACAUUGACGUCUCAAGUGGCACCUAUCAACUUCAUUACAAAUAGGCCCAUAGGAUGUAACUUUCUUUCGUUCUCUAUAGAGUUUCUUCAAAUCAAAGAAGAUGCAUAAGUGGAAGUGGAUGGUACUUGAUCAUGGUGAUGUGCACUUUGCAUUAAUAGGGGAGAAUAUUUGUGGCAAGCUGGUUACUCAGAUUAUCAUCUCAGGUAGAUUACACAUUUGGGUUAUCUGCUCUGCUUUUUGCUGACUAAGGGACGUGGCAGCAAGUGUAUGAAAACUACUUGCAGUAUCUUUUCCUUUGCACUGUGAGGGACUUUCAGAAAAGCCUCUGCUGAUGGGUGAACAUGAACACCAUUGACAGAUGCCAAACCACAUAGACGUCUUGAGCGACACCAACCAAAUUCAUCACAGUCAGGCCCGUAUGAUUUACCUUUCCAUUGUCAUUUCCACCGCAGCAAUUGGUUUACUUUCUUAUCAAUAGGGUUGCCUCUCAAUGGAGGCUCAUUUCUUGCCUUUUUUAUCUGUUUCAAUUACUGAUUUUUCUGUUUGUUUUUGCGUGUUUCGCUUAAGGCAGCAGGAUUGCUUGGACAGUCUUCCUCUUGUCAUGCCCACUCCUCUUUGUUUCCUCACAUAAUCAUAGUAGCGUGGAAACAUUCCAGAGAACGCUCUUCUAGCAAAGUUCACGAGUGGAUAUCAUGGCCGAUAUGAUCGACUGAACUCAGAAGAAAGAACCUGUCAAGCAAAAGGAUCAAUUGGAAGUUCUGCAUAUCUAACAAUUGGAUCAACUCAGCUCUCUGUUGUCCAUUUUCUUGUUUACAAAAGCUGGUCCAUGGGCUUACCCACUGAAUCAAAGCCACUGUUUUUGCGAUGAUGGUUUUAAUUUCACUUUUCGAGAUUCUUCGCUGAUUAGAACCAUGUGCAAGUGCAUGAGGCUUCGGUUUCAAAAGAAGCUUUAUGAUUUCUUUUGCUGGAAAGUCGUGAGCAUGCUGUAUCCUUUACUGUAAAUUAUGUCGACUCACCUCAGAUUGAUCCUUCAGUGUUAGAGAUAUCGAUAUCAACUAGAGGCCUUGAAACCUUCAGUCUUUGCAAGAAUUGAGAGUACAGUCAUUAAGGGAACAUCAUUUUCGAAAUAGAUUCACUCUGGACCAUCAACGAAGGAAUACAGCAAGCAUCCAGAUAUUAUUGUAAGAGCGCAGCCAAACAGCUUGCGUUACAUAGUCACAACUCAAUGGAUAGCUUAAUGCAAGCAAGCAAUGUAAGAGAAUGUUUUCUUCCUAAAUGAAAGUUCCUUGUCUGAGAGGAUAGCACUUA